AUUGAUGAGAUAAUCUACACCACUGCCAUACAAAAUCAGAAAGGAAAAUUCCACAUAUCUGAUGAUAGAGAUAAUAAUCUCUUGAGUGUAAGAAUGACUGAUGUGAGAUCAGAAGAUGCAGGAGUUUAUUUAUGUGGAGUUUGGCUCAAUGAAAUCUUCUACAGUUACUCCAUUCUUACUGCUGUUCAUCUUCACAUUAUGAGUAAAGUGGGUGUGGUCACAGCGAGCGGAUACUCAGCAGGUGGAAUCAUCUUCAAGUGUCAUCACCAUCAAUACAAAAGCAACACAAAAUAUGUGAGUAAAGAAUCAGAUGGAUGUUGUGAGAGGAAGUCUCCAUCAGUUCAGGAUCAGUGGAUGGACAAUGGAGAUGUUUGUGUGUAUGAUGACACCAGAGCAGGAGUCUUGAUGGUGUAUUUUAGAGAGCUGAACGCUGGACAUGCUGGAACAUACAGGUGUGGAGUGAAUCCAUCUCAAUAUACUGACACAUUCACUCAAGUCCAGCUCCACAUUAAAGACGAUACAGUUUUGUCUCAUUGGUGGGUGAAUAAAUCUGUUUCUGUUGGUGAUGAAGUCAAUAUUACCUGUCAGAUCCCAGAGGAACAUCAAUUCAGUCCAAAAGUCUUCUGUAAAGAGGAUGAAAAUCACAUCUGUCAAAGCGUCAUCAGAUCUGAAGUGAAAGUAAAUGAUUUCUCUGAUAAAAGUGUUUUUACUGUGAUCAUCAGUGAUGUGACAGUGAGAGAUGCUGGAGUUUACUGGUGUGGAGCAGAAACCAGUCGCACAGAUUUCACUUUCAUCUCUCUCACCACUAAAGUUCAACUCAAACUCAGCAUGCCUCCAGUGUUUGGAGAUGAAGGAGGAUCUGCUCACAUCAUCUGUCCUUAUGAUCCCAUCUAUAAAUCAAAGUCCAAAAAACUGUUGAAGAGUUGUAGAGAUGAAAAGACUCUCAUGGAGAUGAACAGAUGGAGUGUGAAUGAUGACAUGACAGCAAGUGUGUUUAGUGUGAACAUCACUGGACUGACAGCAGAGGAUGCUGGGAAAUACUGCUGUGCAGUGACAUUAGAAACAGACGUGAUUUAUCUUUACACUCAUCUCAUUAUUCUCAUCAAACAGGAGCUUCUCUUGAAUAAGCGUGAAGGAGACAACAUGUCAAUGGAGUGCAAACAUCACGCUGAAUAUCAGAAAGUCUUCUGUAAAGCACAUGAAGUCUCAAUGUGUGUCAAUGAUGGAGUUUCAUUCCAGUGGAUCAGAGAUGAUGGAUUCUCUUUAAGUGAUGAAACAUCUACUGGAGUCUUUACUGUAAACAUCAGUCAUCUGAGAGAAGAGCAUUCUGGGAUAUACUGGUGUGGAUCUCACAUCAUCACUAAAGUGCAUCUAAACGUCACCAGAGCAGUUGAAGGUUCAGCGUCCAACAUUCAGGAAACCCACCAUGAGACCACACGAGAGUGA